GGUUUCACGCGGGGUGUGCGUAACUCGCGCUUGCCAACGGACGGCUGAGUUUUAGGAGACGCUUUGCAAACGUAUCUAUCUGGAGAGGCUGCCUGACGUCUCUGCAAGCCCGCCUUUGAUGCAGGAAAGAGGAGAAAAGUUUGAUUUCCCCUAAGGGACUCUCAACCCAGGAGGCAGGCGCAAGAGGAUGGCCAUCGCAAGACUCACAGGGUUCUCAUGGGGGAUUACCUGGUUCACGCUCACCGCCAUCUGUGCCCAGACAAGAGCUGAGCAGUCCCAAGGUGCCUACUUCUUGCCUGAGUUUGCACUUUCUCCGCAAGGAAGUUUCUUGGAAGACACAGCGGGAGAACAGUUCCUCACCUACCGCUACGAUGAUCAGACCUCAAGAAUUACCCAGUCUGAUGAAGAUAAAGAAGGUGGCUGGGAUGCCUGGGGAGCAUGGAGUGAUUGCUCGCGGACUUGUGGAGGGGGUGCAUCCUAUUCUUUAAGGAGAUGUUUAAACGGCAGGAACUGUGAAGGCAGGAACAUUCGGUAUAAAACCUGCAGCAAUAACGACUGCCCUUCAGAUGCUGGCGAUUUCCGGGCUCAGCAGUGUUCAGCCUACAACGACGUCAUGUACCAAGGGCAUUUUUACGAAUGGAUCCCUGUCUAUGACGAUUCCAGUUCUCCUUGUGCCCUGAAGUGCCAGGCUUUGGGGAAACCCUUGGUAGUGGAGCUUGCGCCCAAAGUUCUCGAUGGCACUCGCUGCAAUGCCAAAUCGCUGGACAUGUGCAUCAGUGGUAUAUGUGAGGCAGUAGGCUGUGAUCGGCAACUUGGGAGUCAAGCCAAGGAAGACAACUGCGGGAUCUGUGGAGGAGAUGGUUCAACAUGCAGGCUGGUGAGAGGUCAAGCGAAGACCCACCUUUCAUCCGAAAAAAGGGAGGAAACCGUGAUUGCUGUUCCACAUGGGAGUCACAGUGCAAGAAUUACGGUGAAAGGACCAGCACACCUCGUGAUUGAAUCAAAGACACUUCAGGGAGAGAGCGGAGAACACAGCUUUGGUGCCCCCGGAACAUUCGUCAUUGAAAACACGACUGUUGAAUUCCUGAAAGGUUCAGAAAGAGAAACGAUAAAAAUCCCGGGGCCCCUUGGUGCGGAUUUCAUUAUCAAGACCAGGUAUACUGCCCCCAAAGACAGCGUGGUUCAAUUCUUUUUCUAUCAACCCAUAAGUCAUCAGUGGAGACAGACGGAGUUCUUCCCUUGCACCGUGACAUGUGGAGGAGGUUAUCAGCUGAACUCUGCAGAGUGUGUGGACAUCCGUUCAAAGCGAGUUGUGCCAGAUCAAUACUGCCAUUACUAUCCUGAAAAUAAGAAGCCCAAACCCAAGCUGAAGGAAUGCAAUAUGGAUCCCUGCCCUUCGAGCGACGGGUUUAAAGAAAUCAUGCCCUAUGAUCAUUUCCAGCCACUUCCUCGCUGGGAACACAACCCGUGGACUGCCUGUUCAGUUUCUUGUGGAGGUGGAAUCCAAAGGAGGAGUUUUGUGUGCGUGGAGGAGACUAUGCACGGAGAGAUUUUACAAGUAGAAGAGUGGAAAUGCAUGUACGCCCCCAAACCCAAGGUCAUGCAAGCUUGCAAUCUGUACGAUUGCCCUAAAUGGGUAGCUUUGGAGUGGUCACAGUGCACCGUGACAUGUGGCCGAGGGUUACGUUACCGAGUGGUGCUGUGUAUCGAUCACCGUGGGCAACACACGGGCGGCUGCAACCCUCAACUCAAGCUGCACAUCAAAGAAGAAUGCAUUGUGCCAGUCCCUUGUUACAAGCUCAAAGAGAAAACCCCAGUUGAAGCAAAGGUGCCAUGGUUCAAGCAGGCACAUGAAAUGGAGGAGACCAGGACAGUCUCUGAGGAGCCGACGUUUAUCCCUGAGCCGUGGUCUCCUUGCAGUGCUUCUUGUGGUCGCGGUAUUCAGGUGCGUGACGUGAAGUGCCGUAUUUAUCUCGCAUUUACUCAAGCUGAGGUGGAGCUGCCUGAUGAAGAGUGCGAAGAAGCCAAACCGGUGGCUGAACGCAGUUGUCACUUGGAAUCAUGUGAUGGUGACCCCGUCCCAUUCAUCCCAGAAUUUUCACACGCCAAAGAUGCUGACGCUGAUGUCAUCUAUGACUGGGAAUACAUUGGAUUUACCCCAUGCUCAGCUACAUGUACUGGAGGGACUCAGGAAGCCAUUGCCGUGUGCCUCCACGAGCAGACAAAGCAAAGUGUAAAUUAUAGCCUGUGUGACGUCUUGACGAGACCUCCGCCAAUGAGCCGUGCGUGCAAUACAAGACUUUGCCCUCCAAGGUGGCAGGUGGGGCCCUGGAGACAAUGUUCUGCCACUUGUGGUGUUGGCAUCCAGACCAGAGAGGUACGCUGCCAGCAACCUGGAGGGUCUGUGGUUGGGUCUGAAAACUGCAAAGAGAGAAAACCUCAUGCUCUGCAAGCUUGCAACCAGAUUGAUUGCCCCCCAGUUUGGCACGUUGAAGAAUGGCAACAGUGCUCCCGUACAUGUGGUGGAGGCACCCAGAAUCGCAAAGUGACUUGCCAGCAGUUGUUGAUGGAUGGAAGCUUUCUGAAACUCACUGAUGAGAAGUGUCAUGAGCCUAGAUUGUCCUCGCACAAACCUUGUGCUAAAACAGAUUGUCCUCCACGGCUGGUCCUGGGAGAAUGGUCCAGGUGCUCCGUGAGCUGUGGUGCUGGGACACAAAGAAAGAAAUCCACCUGUCAAAAGCUUACCGCCAAAGGCCAACAGGUCACCUUAAAUGGAUCAGCGUGUAGCGGCCUCCUAGCCUCUCCGCUUGUAAGGCCAUGUCACCUGAAUGCCUGCCACAAGAUAAAACAAGAAACGAAACCGAAACAUUUUGGAAAGUAUCCUUCCCACGGGCCACAGAUUCUCAGUAUCCACAGAGUCUACAUACAGACGAGGCAAGAGAAGCGCAUUAAUUUUACUAUUGGGAGCCGAGCUUACCUGCUUCCAAAAACGUCGGUUGUCAUCAAGUGCCCGGUCCGGAGGUUUCAAAAGCCACUGAUCCAGUGGGAGAAAGACGGGCAGCGCCUCCCAAUCUCUAAGCGGGUUGGCGUCACGAAAUCGGGCUCGCUCAAGGUGAACAGCCUUGAGACGCCGGAUAUUGGCGUGUACAAGUGCAUUGCCGGCUCAGCCCAAGAGACCUCUGUUCUUAAGCUCAUUGGCACCGACAACCGGCUAAUAGAACCGCCGGCUUUUCGGAAGCCGACGGGGGAGAGCACCAUCUCAGAACACAACGAGGCCAACAGCUUUGGAGCAAAGUGGUAUAAGAUGAGCCAGAUGUGGAAAUUGUGGAGCCAGAAGAGUGAGCAGUAUCUGGGCAAUGGGCAAGUGAAUGACCAGCCGUUCCUGCGACAUCUGGAAGCUCAUACGAGAAAUUCCGUGGCGGAACGUGGCUCUCGCGAAUUCCAAAACAAGCGCCUGGAGGCUGUAGUUCUCCCUGGCGCUUACAGUAUGGAUACGGUACAUUUUGAGGAGCUGAUCAAGAAUCUGAGCCAUCUUGUUGAGGCCGGAGAAGUCAACGACGAUUUGGCAUCCCGGCUUGUCUAUCAGUUGAUUGCGGAGUUAUCCAAGCCACCACGGUCUCCUUCUGAAAAAUCGAAGGAGGCACAAGAGGAAAAGCUACCUGCCAGGAAACCUGGCAAAUCUCCAGAGGUCUCUGAUAACCUUAGCACAAAACCCCAAGGCGGUGCAAUGACGAUCGGUCAGAAGGGACCGGUUAUUGUAAGGCAAAAAGACGGGCCAAAGGUUUAUUCAAACAAGACCGUAACCGUACGUGUUGGGAGUGCGGUUUUUUUAACAGAAGAUGUCUGCAUUGUAAAUUUGCUUUGUGAAACUGUUGGGAUUGGCAGCCCUAAAUAUACUUGGACGAAAGAUGGAAUGGAGCUAAAGUCCUUUGAGAAAGUGGUUUUGGAAGCUGGUGGAAAAGUCCAAAUUCUGAACCCAACCAGGAAAGAAAUGGGUGUGUACCGUUGCGUGGUGGAGAACGGCUUUGGUUCCGACGUGGAAACGUCAGCACUGUUUUAUGCAGAAGCUCCUACGAUACUGCCUUCUGUAACAAACGUCACAAGUGCUGAGCUUCGGAACCUUCCUGUCCCUGUUGGAGGGACAAUCCUGGCAAGAACAGGAGCAAACGUUACGCUGGAAUGUCCAGUGCAAGGUCUUCCCCAACCUGAGAUUACUUGGUUUAGAAAUGAAAGCUCCCCAAGAAAUGAUGUUUUCACCAUCGCAAAUGGUUCCUUACUCCUGAGGAAUGUUUCAGGUGAAGAUGUUGGGACUUACACGUGCACAGCCACCAACGCCCUUGGACAAGCCACAGCCACGAGUGUUCUUCAGUUGCUUGAACGUAGGUUUCAGGAGCCUAACAAUGGAUCAUCCGGCAACAGUAGGCGAAAACGUGUCCUCAUGGCCUCUGGAAUCGGUACCAACGUUAGCGUGGUGCCUGGGGAACUGUUACGGAUAGGCUGUCCUGUGCAACCUACGACAAAGAACACAAUUCAUUGGUUCUUCAAAAAUCAACCGAUUGAAGAAAUUAAGGACUUCAAUCCCCGGAUCCUGGUUCGGGGGCGCAUCUUAGAGGUGCACCUUAUCUCUGGCCAGUUUGCUGGACAAUACAUGUGUCGGACUUCGUCAAAUGCCAAGCCGUUGUCUGUCUGGGUAAAUGUCAAGAAGGAAGAAUAUAGAUGGGAGCUUGGGGAGUGGAAUCCUUGUUCUGCUACUUGUGGGAACUCAGGCACCCAGCUCCGGAGACUGCUCUGUGUGAGCGUGAAAGAGCAAAAGGCGAACAAGUCCUUAUGUGAAGAGAGUCAGAAGCCUGUUGUAAAUUACCAGCCUUGCAACAUCCGUGAUUGUCCUGCCAGAUGGGCCACAAGUGCCUGGUCUGAGUGCUCUGCUUCAUGCGGUAAUGGGUUUCGCCAGCGGCAGAGAUUCUGCAAGCAAGUCAAAGCCAACGGCACCGCCGUGACGUUGCCUCCGGGUGCUUGCGCCCACCAAGACCGCCCUUUGGAAAGGAAACCUUGUGUGGGCCAUUCAUGCACAGAAUGGAACAUUCAUCCAUGGGGCCAGUGCACCGGCCCCUGCGUGGGGCGUGGAGUGGGCCUACAGCACCGCCUCGUUCAGUGCCAGUAUCGGAAUGGAUCUAUGGCAUCAAACUCACUGUGUGAUGACAGGAAAAGAUCAUCCAUUAGAAGAAACUGUUCUUCAGACAAAUGUGACGUGCAUUGGCGGACUGGUCCCUGGCGACCCUGCACUGUAGAUUGUGGCAGUGGGUUCCAGUCUCGACAAGUCAGCUGCAUACACAGGAGAAAUAAAAGACCUGUAGCGGAUCAGUCCUGUGCCUGGAGGAAGAGACCGGUGACCUGGCGACACUGCAAUGUCACUUCCUGUGACAGUAUGUAAAAGUUUAUUUCCAUUUUUGAACUUCCUGUUCAGCUUGUGGCAAAUUGCAU